AUGGGGAUUACUCUAUGGCUGCUUCUUCAUCUACUAGUGCCAUAUAGUGAGCACCUAAGUCAUAUUUUAUCAAGUGAAGAAGUGGAAACUUUACCAAAAGACAAACGCGAGUUUAAAUGGGAAGCACCUGCCAUUGGCAUGCCAAAUUGCAUCUGGAAAGAAACAAGACCAAAUUUUCUUCAUAAUGCUCAGAGUGAUUCAACUUAUGGCAUCAAGCCUAGGUUACUUGAGCACUGGAUUCAAUUGUAUGAGAAAGCUGGAGGAGAAGAUUUUGGCUCAUCUACAAGGAGAAGAUUCUUCUCAAUUUGCAACAGCUAUAUGGAUAUUUUGCAUUCUAACAAGAAACCCUUUUACAAUGGAGACCGUAGAGAAGAUUCAAGUCACACUAAUGCAUAUCUUAUGCAUUCUUUGAAUCACAUUUUUAGAGCUAGAGAUCUUGUCAAGAAGAAUGAAAGUAAAAUUUCCAAGCUUUCUGAUGGGGAAACUCCUGAUGAUAGAUUCCGGGACAGAGGAUUUACUAGUCCAAAGGUACUGAUUCUACUACCAUUGAGAAGUGUUGCCUUUCGCGUUGUUAAUAGGCUCAUACAACUAACUCCAGAAGCUCAUAGGGGUACUGUGGAACACCAUGGCCGGUUUAACGAUGAGUUUGGAUGUGAAGAAGAACCUGAUGAGAAAGAUGAUGAUGGGAAGCCUUCAAAACCUCGUGAUUGGGAACCCCUAUUUGGUGAAAGAAACAAUGAUGAUACCUUUGUGCUAGGCAUUAAGUAUACAAGGAAGAGCAUUAGGCUGUAUAAUGAUUUCAUUACCUCGGACAUGAUUAUUGAUUCCCCUCUCGGGUUACAGUUGGCCUUGGGAAAAGAAAAAGACAAGAAGAGACUGAGGAAAGAAGACAACAAGAAAGUGGUUCUUGAUUAUCUGUCCUCCAUCGAGGUUUUUGGUAUGGAUCAUGCGGAUGUAAUGUAUAUGCAGAACUGGAAGCACGUUCAAACAGUACUCACAAAAUUAAAUGUACAGUCAUCAGGACAUCAUAAUACUGAUGUAAACCGAGUCCGGCUGAUGUAUCUCGAUGGACAUGCACGGUUCUAUCGGCAGUCAAUAAUUUUAAGUUCUUAUUUAACCCCAGAUAUCAAUGCUCUAUUCAAUGAGCAUUGCUUGAACUAUAAAGGAAAGAUUAAGCUGGAGUGUGAACACAAAGGUGUUCUUCAUGAAGUGUUGCACAAUGUUUGUCAAUUUAUGAAAAAAAUUGAUGCAGACUCGAUGCAACAAGCUGAACAUGCACGUUUUGAAUAUUUUGCCAAAAAGAUAUUCCCAAGAAUUAAAGAUUCUGUUCAGGUACUCCCAUCAUUUAAAGGCUGA